GUCAAACACUUACCACAACCACACUGAUACCAGUCAUGCCUCUGCACGUGUGUGUUACAACGUCACUCGUUCAAGGUGGCGAGCGUGCUCAAACCAGGGAUGUUUACGUUAAGGUUCUUGCAGAAGCUGCAAACCCACCAAGUAUCACUUACCUGCAGUACUCAUGGCGUAGCCGCAGCAGAAAGAGGAAGUAACAGUACUCACUUCUGUUUUCUGCGAUGAGAAGAUGACGUGCGGAAACACCGACUGGUCUAAAAUGUGCUGCAACGAGAUGUUUUAGUAUCGCUGUCCACCAUGACGCUUACCUGGACCGUGCAAGUUGUGUCCGUCCUGGCAUUGCUACAUCUCACCACAAGCGACAGCGACGGAGGCGACUGCAUCCCAUACAUCCAGGUUCCGGAAAACAAUGGUUUUAAAGUUCCAGUUGGGAAACACUUGAUGAUUAAUUGCACAAUCACAUACAACCAUACUUGCAAAGACACGUUUAAAAAUGUCUCCUGGUAUAAGUUGGAAAACCACAACUAUGUGCCAGUGACCAAUGGGUCUCAUGCUCAUGUAGAACUUAAGGUCAGAAAUGCAUUGGAUAGGACAUUAUUUUUAUCCUUUACAACUAUACAAAUAAGCGAUGCCGGUUUGUAUCGGUGUCAAAGUGAAAGUGGAUACAGCCUGGGGAAAGCCUUCAACGUCUCUGUGCAGGAUAACCGUAUGAUGAGCAACGACUCAGUUACGAAUAAAAUAAAGGAGGAAGCGGGAAGGAUUUCCGGGAUAUAUUUUGCUGCUGGCGCUCUGGCAUUUAUCAUAGUAAUAACAUGUAUUUCCAUCAUAUUCAUGCAGCGACGCAAAGGUAACACAAAGAGAGAGAGGCACAUUGAAAAUCAGGACAUCUCUAUGGCAAACCUACAUAUCGACGCUAAAUCCGUGGCCUGCAGGGGAACCGCCUCUGACCCGCCAACUACGAAAGCGACACCACCCUCCACGCGGUUGCCAAGAAGCGGCCGGAUGAGUCCACAGGAUGAAGACAAGUCAAACAAAAAGACAAUAGAAGAUGGAAGCUCCAUCAUGUAUGCUACUCUCGAUCACCGGCUGCCACCUGGUGGCGCUGCUUGGCCACUGCCGCCCACGGAGGAGAGUUCAGUGUAUGCAGUUAUCAGUUAGUAGUAUGAGGCUGGAGUCAUCAGGAUCAGAGUUCUCCCAUGUUUAACCCUUGUGUAAUGUUCAUAUUGUUGUUACUCAGCCAGUGUUUGAGGGUCUAAUGGACCCGUUGCAUUUUGCGGCUUUUAAUGCCUCACAAUCAAACACUUUUAUGUUAAAAUACUGAACAGAUGUUUACCUUAUUCCAAUAAACUACACUGCAACAAGCAAACAAUAGCAGGAUGCAUACUGCACUGUGACAGAUGUCCUGCACUGGCAAAUCCCUCUUUAAAGCCACGUCAUUUCCAGUGGCUGGUUAUCCAUCCAUCCAUUUCUACUGCUUGUCCCUCUCGGGUCGUGGCGGGUGUUGGAGCCUAUCUCAGCUGCAUUCGGGCGGAAGGCGGGUUACACCCUGGACAGGUCGCCACCUCAUCGCCUAUAGCCCGGGAAAAAUGUCCAUCAAUGCUGCAUGCCAUCGUAUAUCUUAUAAACCAGAGGUCUUCAAUACGGGAUCCUCGCCGCCCAGGGGGUCCGCAGAGGUACUGCAGUGGGGUCCUGAACGUUUUAAGUUAAAGUUUGUCAUGUCUUGGUGAUCAUGUUUAGUUUGGCUAUGUUCUGUUUGGUUUUUGCACUCUGUCAGUCUCUGUUUUUUCACUCCCUGUUUUGUUUCCAUGACUACCAAUCAGUUCACCUGUCCUCACUACUCACGCACCUGAUUCAUUUGAACUCACGCACCUGUUUUCAAUCACCACAUGACUAUUUAAGCCUGUCAUUUUCUGUUGGUCGGCCUGGCGACAUCACAUUCAUGCUCUGCACUCUUGACACGCUGCUUACUCUGUCCAGGUCAUAGUUCAUGCUGCUCUUUUCUUGCCACGUAAAUUGUUGUUUAUUCAAGCCACUGUUUUGUACCUCCGCUGUGAGCGCCUUUUGUUUGUUCCUUUUUUCCCCCAUAGUUCUGCCUUUGUGCUAGUUUUGUUUUAUUAGCCAAGUUUGUUCCCUGCCUUGUGCGCGCCUUUUCUUUAUACUUUUUAUAGUAUAUUAUUAAAUCAUGUAUUUAACUUCA